AUGUUUGGAGACAGAGGAUAUCGCGACCCGAUAUUUGACGUUCUGCCAAACGGUGCUGUUAGCGAGACCAUGCGCGAAAACUUCGUAGAUAAUCUCUGGAGGCAAACUGUAAAAUUCCUGCAAAGCGCCCUUCAUAUAUCCUUGAAAGCUCGCCUAUCGAAUGGCAAAGGAUACAUUCUUCGCCAAACCGGGAAAGAGGAAACGUCCUUCUGCAAAAGAAAAACCUGUUUCCACCAAAAGACGUUCUGUCCCGGCCCCUCCACUACUCCGAAUGGCAGGGGGGCCACCAGGUCGCGUCCAAACGAUGAGGCUGACUCGGAAGAAAUUGCAAGCGGAGGAGAGGAUGAAGGAAAUAUUACCGAUGUAUCGGUUGUUUCAGGGAGAGAUUCCCCUGCGAGUGAGGGCGAGGACGAGUUAGAGACUCCAGCAGAAAAAAGGCUCCGGCUUGCCCAGCUGUAUUUGGAGUCAGUCAAGGAGUCUCUUGCUGGCGAAGUUGAUGCUGGCGAAAUCGACAAAGAACUAAUUGCUUCGCGGUUAAAUCAGGAAGCUUUAAGGCAUUCGGGGAGAAUUUCUUGGUUUGUCGGAAACUCGAUCCCAGAGCCCUCCUCCUCAUCUCAAUGUCUCGAUCCACCAGUCCUAAUCACUCGAGGGCACCGCUUCACUGUCACUUCAGCAGUAGUAUCCGAAGAUGCCAAAUACUUAUACACCUCUGGCAAAGAAGGCUCCAUCAUAAAAUGGGAUAUUCGAGCUUCUUCUCCCACUUGCAUAAAAAAGUUUCCAAAAGUAAGGCCCCUUGGUAACGAUUCCCAGACAGCGCGAAAGAAGGGAAAGAAGAAGGGGUCUACAACCUCGGGUGCGACGGGGCACACGAAUGAGGUGCUUUCGCUGGCUUUAAGCUCUGAUGGGAAGUACCUGGCCAGUGCAGGGAAGGAUGGGACUGUGGGUGUGUGGGAUGUUGAGAAUGACGUUCACAUCCGCAAUAUCAGUGAUCAUCGUAAUAUAGUCUCAGAUGUCAAGUUCCGCAAUUCAACCCAUACUCUUUACACGAGUUCAUAUGAUCGCACAAUCAAGGUUUUCUCCAUAUCCCCAUCGCCAGCCUAUGUAGAGACACUCUUCGGCCACCAGGAUUGCAUUUCGUCUCUCGACACCCUAGCAUCUGAACUCGCAGUCAGUGCUGGAGGGAUGGACAAGACGGUGCGCUACUGGAAGAUCGCUGAUCAGACCCAGCUCGUCUUCCACGGCGGUCGCGAGAGCAAGGUUCGGCGUGUGAUUGAACACGAUUUUGAGUUUAUGAAUGAGAAACAAGAAGCGCCGAAAGGAUUUCUCGAAGGCCGAGUCGAAUGUGUUGCAAUGCUUGAUAAUACCCUCUUCCUUAGUGGGGGUGAUAGUGGAGCGAUAGUGUUAUGGUUAACAACAAAAAAACGGCCGCUUUUCACGUGGCCACAAGCUCAUGGAUUUGAAGAGGCGAUAUCCAAUAUCCCCACUUUGCGCAACCCUAGAUGUAUCACAGCGCUCGGAGCCCUUCCGUAUUCCGAACUCUUCGCUUCUGGGUCUUGGGAUUCCGUGAUAAGAAUAUGGAAACUAGAGCCUUUCACGACAUCUGGCUCCGCUCCGAUGUACCGCUCCUUCAGUCCUUUACGGAACGUGCAUGUACCCGGAUUCAUAAACUCGCUGCAAAUACUGCGUCCACCUAUCGAGAAUUCUUUGAAUGACGUCGUCCCCUGGGCAGCGGGGGAACGCCCACAACCUGGCUCGGAUAUACUCCUCGUUGCGGGUGUUGGUCAGGAGCCACGACUUGGACGGUGGAUGACCAUGAAGCAGACAAAGGAAGGCGAGACGGUGAAGAAUGCCUCCUACGUGUUCAUUCUGAAUACAAUCAGGAAGAGAACCAGCGAUGAGAAUAGAUAAUACGGAUGCAGGCUGGGGCAGCUUUUGCGUUAUCUGCGGAGGUCACCAACUCAUCAUAGCAUAUAGUUGAUACAUAUGACAUCGCAUUCUGUGUGUUUUAGGCUUGCGGAGGACUUAUUAGUAAUCUCUCUAAUGCAAACGGUGGUUAAGUUGGACGAGUGGAUAUAAUUAUUCGACAUUUCCACUGCCUCAACGGCAAUUAAAACAUAACGAUGUGUUUGUCAAUUCGCAAGUAUUGCAAAGCUUCC